CCAGAGUGGCAAGAGUGCAGCCGCCUGCACCUCUCCCGUGCGGAGCUCUGGCUCGCGAAAAGCGUGGGGAGCUGGCGCGGGGCUGACUCGCCUCGCCGGGCGUGGAGUGCGGAACGUGCGCGGCCGGCUGCUGGGCGCAAGGCCGCCCUAUGGGACCCGCCUGAGUCCGGAGCGUCCCUCCCCAACCCUGGGCAGCCCCCGGUCUGGCCUGGCGCGCGCUCGCUUCCCGGGAGGGCGGCCUGGGCCAUGGCGGCUGCGGCCCUGGCGAUCGGGGACCCCUUCAGCCCUGCACUCGAGCUGCUACCGGGACAGCCCGCACCGGUCCGGGCACGCCCGGUGAGUGCGGGGCCGGCGCCACGAAGCUGGCUCGGCUCUGCCCCGGGCUCUAGGCCCACAAUGAGGGGCGGAGGGGGCAGUGCGGCGACCGGGAAAUCGGGGUCCAGCCCAGUGUGGAGGGGCCGGAGGAACAGGCAGGGAGCAGAACGGAUUCGACAUCCCCCAGACUGACGCCAGCAGGGAAAACACGUGCAGCUGCACAGGCGGGAGCCAAGCACUGGGGCAGAGGUGUUCACAGAGCGCUGUGCGCCGUGAUGCAUGUCCAGCAUUUCCAUGUCCCUGGUUUUUACAGAGCUGGUUAUGUUUGAGGUGGGUCUCGGGAUGAAUCUGAGUUUGCCGGUCCCAGAGGGAGGAACUGCAUCUCCAGGCAGGGGGAGCUGCAGGUGCAAGGACACAGAUCUGGGCAAGGCAGGGGUUUGGGUUCGUGACAGGUGACAGGCUAGGGGAUGGGGGGGGGGUGGCGGUGCAGGAGAUGAUUCUUGGCAGGUGAGCGGGGCCUCUGAACAGUCAGUGGAAUUGCCCAUCUUGGGUCUAGGCAGAAAGCUGACAGCUUUCUUGAGUAAAACCCUUGCUCCCUGACCAUGCAGAGGAUUUGGGUGUUUUGAGGUGGGGCAAGGGUGAACCAGCCAGUCUUUGAGCCCUGGGGUGCUGGGUGAGUCGCUGUGCUGACUUUGUAAGGCAAGGACCUACGUGAAAUGCAGCAGUAUCAGCCUCUCAGUAGUGUGGAGAUCGACAUCCCGAAUGAGGCAGCGGCUUGGAAUUAGAAGCCUUGAUGGCUCUUCAUUAGUCCUGCUUGUGUUUCUUAAGGAAGAAGGUAAGAAAAAGUGCAGAAGCUUGGGCUCCCAGAGAUACAGGAAAAGGGGGGCAUUGAGACUGAGAAGUGAGGAAGAGAGUAGGGUGCCACGUUUGAGAGAACGUGCUGGAGUGGCAGAGUGCAGGGAAUCAAGUCAGAGUGUGGAUCUCCAGAGCAGCCUGGGUAUUCUGAGGUGCCUUUAGCUGCCUCUGUGGCCCAUGACAGUGAGGGCGAGGGAGAGAAGAGAAAGAGCCUUACAUAGGGGCACCAGGGUGGCUGGAGUGAGGCUAGAAGGCAGUGUGGCCCAGGAGAGAACAGCUGGAGAGGCAAACAGCCCUGAAUUCUGUCUCCAUUCUGGAACUUUGGGGGCAGUGAUUCUCUGAGCCUGUUUCUUCUAUAAAAGGAAUCUGAUCCACUCCUCAUAGGCUGUGAGGCAUAUACAAAGUUUAAUAUAGGUAAAGUGCCUGCCAAAGGCUCAGUCAAUAGAUGGUAGUUGUACUUCUUAUCAAGGGUUGACGACCUCUGACAGAGGGCCUGCUGUGGGAAAGGAGGGUACCUAGAGUCCAGAUCGUUGUUUGGGCCACAAGGAUGAAAAGGGAAAACUUGCAGAGACUCAGGAAAAAGAAGAAAGGAUGAAGAGACAUGAAAAAUUGAUGGCUGAUCCCUUGUAUCUUUGAGUUAGUGACCUUCGAGGAUGUGGCCGUCUACUUCUCUGAGAACGAGUGGACAAGCCUGGCCCCCACUCAGAGGGUCCUGUACAGGGAUGUGAUGCUGGAGAAUUAUGGGGCUGUGGCUUCCCUGGCAGCAUUUCCAUUUCCUAAACCGGCUCUGAUUUCCCAGCUGGAACGAGGGGAAGCACCCUGGUGCAAAGCUCCUCAGGGAGCUCUGGAUGGAGAGGGCCCGAGGGGCAUCUCCUCAGGAUGUCCAUUUCUAAAGCCUGCUGGGAUCUCCCAUCUUGAGCAGGUGGAAGAGCCAUUGAACCUGAAACCGCAAGGAGAGGGUCCAAGCCUAAUCUGUACUGAGAGUGUGUUGAAGAGUGAGAAAGAAGAUUUUGCUCUGAAGGAGGAACAUUGUGAGGAGGCAAAGGACCACAUGGUGGUAUCACGCAGACCUCGGUGGUAUGGUUCCCAGGAAUUCUGGUUUGGAAAAACCUGUGAGGAGUUAAAAAGCAGGUUAGGGAGAUGGUCUGACUACUCAAAUGGGAGAAGUGUGGAGAACACUGCAAAUGACAUUAUAGAAGUGAUUGUCAAAGAUGAGAUGGUGUCAGGAGAAGAUAGUUCGGAAAACAUUGAUGUGAAUACCCACCUUGUUAUCCGUCAGAAAAUUCUCAGUCAGCAGGUGUUCUAUAUAUGUGAAGAAUGUGGCAAGUGUUUUGAUCAAAAUGAAGACUUUGACCAACAUCAGAGAAUUCAUAAUGGAGAGAAGGUCUAUGGAUGUAAGGAAUGUGGGAAGACAUUCAGUUUUAGAUCACAUUGCAUUGCACAUCAGAGAAUUCACACCGGGGUGAAACCCUAUGUGUGUCAACAAUGUGCUAAAGCCUUUGUUUGGAAAUCAAACCUGAUUCGGCACCAGAGAAUACAUACCGGAGAGAAACCCUUUGAAUGUAAGGAAUGUGGGAAGGGCUUUAGUCAGAACACAAGCCUUACACAACAUCAGCGAAUCCAUACUGGGGAGAAACCAUAUACAUGUAAGGAAUGUGGGAAAAGCUUUACUCGGAACCCAGCCCUACUUCGACAUCAGAGAAUCCACACUGGGGAGAAGCCUUAUGAAUGCAAGGACUGUGGGAAAGGCUUCAUGUGGAACUCCGAUCUUGCUCAGCACCAGAGAGUCCACACGGGGGAGAAGCCCCAUGAAUGUACAGACUGUGGGAAAAGCUUUAUCUGCAAGGCACACCUUAUCCGACAUCAGAGAAUCCAUACUGGGGAAAGACCCUAUAAAUGUAAUGACUGCGGGAAGGCCUUCAGUCAGAAUUCCGUUCUGAUUAAGCACCAGAGGCGCCAUGCUAGAGAGAAACCCUGCAAUUGUCUAACCUCUCAUUUUCUUGAACAUUAGCAAACACAUAAUAGCGGUA